AUGGAGGGAGCUUAUGAAGUUGGAAGUGAUACGGAGGAUGAAAUAACAAUUGUUAUUAACGAGAAUGACAAAAGGAAAAAACAGAGACAACCUCGUUCUUGCUGGAUACGUCCCUGGCUAAGCAGGCGAUUACAGUAUGAGCUACUAGGACUUUUGGACCUUGUUAUGAGACGAAAUGAUACCAAGAUGAGAGAAUGUAUAACAUCUGGGGAACGACUGGCAUUAACAUUUAGAUUUUUAGCUACAGGAAACGUUGGCGAAGCAUCGAAAACGUAUGGCUACCAUCGAAAGUGUUAUAGUCGAUUUACAGAUAAAUCUAAAUUGGAAAGGGCUGUUAAAAGGUCUGAACAGUCUGUUCCCACAAAAGUUGAUCAAACUCCAACACCAAAAAAGAAACGACUGAGGUUAAGUUCAGAAGCUAAUGUAUACGAGAAAAUGUUUGAUGCAUUUUGUGAAGUUGUCAGAAAACGAAUUUUGUAUGGGAAAGAAAUUCUUAGAAUGUCAAGACUGUUAGAUAUGUUUGUUAAAAUGGCUACAGAGUUGGAAGUAGUAGAUAUUUCAGGUUACAGUUCAUUUUCUUUGAAGAGAAGAUUGAAAGCCAGAUUCCCUCAGUUAAAAUUUCAUUCCUCAUCAAAGCUGUUUGAAAGUGAAAUGGUUUUCGUUGAUGAUAUGACACAUGGUGAUAUCUUAGAAAAAUUACCAUCUUCGAGUGACACAGUACAUCUACAAGGAAUACCAGUUAAGUCGUCGACACGCCAACUCGUCUACAGAAUUUUAUCGGUCAAGUCGUCGACAGAAUUUUAUAAGUCAACUUGUAUGCUAGCAUAUACAGUUUCCUCCUGUUACAUCCGCUGUACAUUCCCUUCUAACCCAAAGUUAUUUUUAUUAUGCUCCCCAACUACAACAACCACUGGCAAGAAGCCAGAAAUAGAAACACUAAUCGUCAACCAAACCAAUAUCAACAGCCCUGUCUUCCAUCGACCUCUACCACCUACCAAUCGCCGACCACCAACCAACCCAUCCAGCUAUAUCCCACCCCAUCGCCGACCUACCUACAACACAGCCUACCAAUCAAGAGGUAACCAUCGACCUGACCAACAACAGAAACGACUACCAGCCCACAGACGCCAACCAGUCCCCACUCAUAAGGAGGAAGAACCCUUUGUGAAGGUGUUCUUCCAAGUUUUGCAGUGCCUCCAUCAUUUGGCAAUCCUUACCCUUCAACAGCAAGGCCAACCAGCGUUUACCUUCAAACGCAAAGUCUCUGAGUUGGAUAGAUUUAUCCGUCCAGCAAUGAAAACAUCAGCUGUCGACGCGAAUAUUAGAUCCCUCAAUCGGACAUGGAUCUGUAAGGUUACGCAGGUCCUGAUUGACCAUUACCAAACCACACUUCAAGAGAAGCUGACCACCAUUCGUACCAAGUCUUUAUCAUCACCUGCCGUCGACCGCAUCGUUUCUCAUGCCCUGUCCUGGGCCCGUCGCUCCUAUGGGAAACGUCUCACUCAAGCUGUAAUCUCCAAAUUCUACCAAACAAUCAACGAAACAAAAACCAGAGUAACCAUAUCUCUACCAACUGAAAUGGACACUACACCUGCACCAUCUAGAGCCACCACGCUGCCGAACCAAAACCCUAAACGAGCCCGAAGUUCACCUACUCCUAGUCCAGCAGACAUAGGUAAACGCUCUCGUAGAGAGGGCACACCCCUUCUCUUUUCACUUUCAGACUCGUCUUCCCCUUCCACACCAGCUGAAUCUUCACCACGUGAUCCAGGAUCCGCCAACCUUUCUUCCUUCUGUGCGUUUUUGGACCAGCAAACCACCCCCCCGUCUCCAUCCAAGUCGAGACGUGUAUCCAGACCUUCCCCUCCUCGAACCAGAUCCCAGUCUGUUCCCAAUGCUACAAUUCUAACAACUACCAAACCAGUACCAAUCACACCGUCGACGACCAUUAUAUCCGCUACCAAACCGUAUGAUCACCAAACCAAGGACAAAUCAUUAUGGAAACUACCUGCUCUAAAGAAAUCUACCUUAAUAAUUGGAUCAUCUAACCUGAAUCGAAUUACCAAAACCAGUUCAGACACCUAA